AUGAAUUCGAUCUCAGCAGAUAAUGCAAAUGCUUAUUUAUAUUCUGAUGGACGUGGCCUAUACGAUGCUAACCAAACUAUUUUGUAUUAUGUUUGCAGUGCCCCCACAACUCCUUAUCGGGUUUUGUCAACUGUUGAAAUUAUUUUUGAAGGUGCUUUUGUAAGUUACCAAGCUCCCACUGUUGAACUUUCUGAAGGUGUAAAAACGAUAAAUGCAUACGGUUUCUUUCGAUCACAAUUAACAUCAUUUGUUAUGCCAAACUCUGUAGUUUCCUGUGGAUCCCAAUGUUUCAACCUCUGCCCGAAGUUGCAAACUUGCAUUUUAUCAACUAAUUUAACACUUCUAUCUUCUUUAAUGUUUCAAAUGUCUGCUUUGACAACAUUAACUAUUCCACCAAGUGUUACUGCUAUAUAUACAGGAGCGUUGGCAUAUUGUCCGAUUUUAGAAAAUGUUUAUUUCCCUUAUCCAAUGCCUGAUCUGAAGAGUGGUUUUGUUACGAAUUCUCCUAAGUUUGUUCCUAAAAUGUCAAAUAAUGCUACGUUGAACAUCAAUGAAGAUAAUGUAAUGCUCAGUGAUGACAAUACAACAAUUCUUGGAUAUUUUGGAUUCAAUGAAACUGUUAUUCAUUUGCCAUCAGAACUAAAAACCAUUGGAAUUAAAGCAUUUAUUAAUAGAGACUAUCUCCAAGAAGUUGUUGUUGAAGGUGUUUGCCAUAUCGAAAAAAUUGAGAAUUAUGCUUUCCAAGGAUGUACCCAUCUUACAAAAUUCCCAAGUUUUGCAACUAUAAAAUCGAUUGGAUAUAAUGCUUUUGAUGGUUGUCAACUUUCUUCAGCAAUUUCUUUUUCAAAAGAUUUGACAUUGAUUGAUCAAUUUGCAUUUCGAAGCAACACAAAAAUUCCUCAGGUUGAAUUCUCUUCCACUGAUUCUCUAAUAAUUUCACUAAAUGCUUUUGAAAGCUGUUCUCAAUUAUCAUCUGUUUCUUUCCCUUCUUCUGGAAACAUAACACUUCAAGAUUAUGCUUUCCUUUUAUGCGAAAGUCUUAGAUCAUUAACUAUUUCAAGGAGUAUCACAUCAAUUGGACAAUCGUGUUUCAUGAGUUGUGGCAUACAAUCAGUUACAUUUGAAGGUGAUUCUAUUUGCAAUGGAAUAAUUCCUGCAUUCUGUUUCAAGAACUGCAGCAGUUUAACAUCAAUCUCUAUUCCAUCAAACUGCACAAUUCUUGAUGUUGAAUGUUUUGCAAUGACAGGAAUCACUGGUAUCAAUAUUGUUGAUAAUGUUGAAGUUUUGUCUCGUCAAUGCUUUAAAGAUUGUUUGAGUUUGGUUAGUAUUAAUAUUCAGUCCAGUUCGAGAUUAGUUACUAUUGAGCCAUUUGCAUUCCAAGGUUGUGUGAAACUUGCAAAUGUGAAUUCAUUUAUUUCUUCCAAUUACUGCAGCGAUAAUGGAGCAAUAUAUAACAUUGAUAGAUCUAAGAUCAUCAUAUAUCCACCAGCAGCAACGAACAAAUACUUUGCAGUUGCAGAUAGAGUUCGAAAUAUUGAACCAAGUUGUUUCUUCGGAUGCAAGAAUCUUGAAGCAAUUUUGAUUCCAGAUAAAAGUGUUGUUAAUAUUGGUCAAAGUGCUUUUCAAGGAUGUACAUCAUUAAAGCAGAUCAACAUUCCAUUGAGUGUUCAAAAGAUUGAACCAGAUGCAUUCCUUGGCUGUGACAAUAUAACAUGUGGUGUUUCACAUGAUAACAAAACUACAGAAUAUAAAGAUAUGUUAAUUCAAGCAGGACUAACUAAGAGUGCCUUAAGAAGUUGUGGUGUUAUAACAUGUCUAGUGUAUGGUAGUUCACACACUCUCUCCUAUAGUGUUUUGUUCCCAUUUAUUCUCAUGUAA